AUGACAGUUUUAGAGUGGAUAACUUUAACUAUUACACUACUUGGUAUUCAUACAUCUCCAGCAACAUACAAUAUAGCAUCUGUUGAAACAGAUGUUAUUGAGUCAGGUGCAUUAUUCAGUGUAAAUGAAGGCAUUCUUUUAUUAUUAGAAGAAGCUUCCAAUUCUGAUGCGAAUGCUGCUUCUGUUUCUGCUACUGCAUGGUUAUCAGAUAAAUGGAUAUUUAAAAGUUGGCCUUAUUACAACAAUGGAUUAACUGAAAAAGGUAUAAGCAUAUGUACCAAU